GAGGCCAGUUCCUCAUUUCAGCCGGCAACACCUUUACCUGCACUGGCCAGGGAGGAUCCACGUGACAGGUGUGGGCCUCCCGCCCCAGCCUCCAGGCAGCUGUCUCUGUGGUCAGGCAGACAACCUGCCUGGCACUACCUGGACAGUGUCGCCAUCGGAGACAGACCCUCAGUCUCCCUCAUGUGCAACAGACUCCAUGAGCUGCUCUUCCCCACUAUCAGUGCAACAUCCUGCUGGUGAUUCUCCUCCAGAAAAGGACAAAGAGGCAGCAGAGAAAGAGCGGCCCUUGAGUGAAGAGACUCUAAACCCCCCGUGCGGACUGGAGAACAGCAGCUCCAGCUGUGUUCCCCAGAAGCUUCCAAUAGCCGAGCCUCUGAGCUGCGCGGACCCACAGAGGCAAACUGGAGGCUGUGAGGUCUCUUCUCCGCCUCCCCUGAGUCUUCUCCACUUUGACCGGCAAGCCCGGGGCCGUAUUUCCAUCUCCCCGAUGCUGAGGAGGUUAAGGGGGAGUGGCCGCCGGACUCUUCCAUCAACACCUCACCAAGAGACCUUGGCAAUGCCCAGCUGGGGAAGCUGCAGGUUGCCUGCAGACUCCCUGUGUUACCUGUCCCAGAGUCUACCUGGCAGCCCAAGGGAAUUGACACACUCCCUGUCACCACCCGUGGAGCUCCAGUCCACACAGCCUCUGGACCCAACCAGGACCUUCAGUAUCACGAAGUCCCUGAUGGAACCCACUGAAGAUGGCAGCCUGCCUGAAUGUCCACCCACUGAGGAGGGGGCCCUUCCUCAGAUCUGUCUUCCACAGAGAGAAGAGAACUCACAGCCUAGUCCAGCUCCAGAGCCCCUGAGUCCCCAGGGAGAUGAACCCCAUCAACCUAGGUUGUUCGAGCGCCGACGGAGCUCGGUGGUCCUCAACUUACCCAGCCUCGAGGUGUUCCCCGGGGACCUCCUGGUGUCUGAUGGAGCUGCUGAUUACCUGUGUCACCACCCACUCCUGCAGCUGAAUCCAGAAUCCAGAAAGUCAAGAUGGCCUUUCUCCAAAAGAGGAAUGGUGAGUAGCAGAGACAAGCACAUAUCAGAUCUGGAAAACUGCCUGUCCUCGGUGAAGAUUACAGACUUCAGGGGCUUUGAGUUCUACAGCCUUAAGAAUAAGACCUGGAACGAAGUUCUGGAAACACAUCAAGAACUUCCUUUGGAUCAAGCCGACUGGAGGAAGCAGCAGGAGGCUGUGUGGGAACUGUUCACCAGUGAAUGCACCUACUUCUUGGACCACUUGCUAGUUCUUAAAAUGAUCUUCAUGAAUACACUAAAACACCUACAGACUCAGGAGCACCUCCUGGAUGUGGAUUCAUGGAGACUUUUUGCAAACCUGGAAGAGUUAAGUCAGACAAGCUUUGGCUUUGCGAGCAGUCUGUUCAGCAUCAUCAAGGAUCAUGUCAACAGGUCAGAGGCCUCGCCGACCAUGGACUUCAUCUCUGUGAUCACUAAGUAUUUCCGAGGAAGCCUCUGUCAGAGCCACCAGACCUACUGCCUGAACUACUCCGCCGCCAUCUUUUAUCUUGAGAACCUGAGGCAGAGAGAGGACUUUGGAGUCUAUUUGAAAUGGUGCGAGCAAAACGCACAGUGCCGACGGCUGCAUCUGCCUGAGCUCCUGGUGGCCCCGCUGCACCGGCUGACCCGCUACCCUUUGUUGCUGAGGAAUAUCUGGAAGCGGAGUGCAGACUCCACUGAGAAGAUCACCAUCUACUCCAUCAAGGAGAAGGUGGAGAAGUCGAUCCGGGAUCUUGAAGGAAAAGUCAAGUGGCUGGACAACUACCAAAAAUGCAGGCGUCUGCGGGAGAUUAUAGUGUGGCCUCCACUUUGGGACAGAGAUAAGAGGUUUUUCAUUCCAGAGUGCCUGAAACACGUUUUUAAGGAUCACACAGCAGAAAAUAUCUUGUCACCGACCAAUCGACAGCUCCUCUACGAGGGAAAACUAACACUUGCAGAAAGCACCAGAUUCUUAGAUGUCUACCUGUUCCUCUUUGACGAUUUCCUCUUAGUUACAAAAACUAAGCGCAACAAAAAGAAGCUUGGAGGCUCAGAUCCUGGCUUACUGUGCCCUUCUUUUAGUCCUGAGCUGCAAACGGUCAUAAAAGAGGGUGGUUCAUGCACCGUACUCGAUCAGCCUAUCCCUGUCGACCGACUGGUGGUCAGGAGCAUCGAUCCACUCCACGUGUCAGCCUUUGGGCUGAGACAUGCUUUCCUUAUACAACAUGAAAACAGAUACCGGCAAUGUGUAGCGGCAUUCUUACUGCAAGCCCAAACGGAAAACAUCAAAACAGCAUGGAUGGCUCAACUAACAGCAGCAAUUUCUUGCUUCACCAAGAAUCAGGAAAUGAAGAAAGUCUCUUUAUCCACACUGCCUACAGAAUCCUCUCAGAUUUAGGGACUGAAUGAAAACAGACAUUGUGGACUGCGGUAUCUUCCACUCGAGCUUCUGUUAACACUUACCUAGUGCUGAGCUACAAGGAAAAGUACAGGUUGAGAAAUGGAAAAUUCUCAGUAAUGAGGAGGGACUGAGACCGGUGGGAAAGGGGAGGAAUUUCUCAAAUACAUGCUAAUCUGUAGGCUGCUUUACGCUGGCUCAGUCAGGCUUGCGGGAGGUGGAGGGGAGUCUGGAGCUGCUGUGACUGCAGAGCGUGAUGGUCAGUGUCCACUCUCCUGCCCACCGUGAGUGCUAGCAUUUUACUUGUGCCUCUGCAUAAUGAAACUCACUUUCUACAUGGCGUGGAGAUGAGUCUUGCUGUUCCUACCUCACACACGCUGACAGUUGUUAAUCUGGUUGUCCUUUGAUUAUUCUAAGCAAUAAAUCAGGUUAGGUCUUACUUGUAACUGUAGUAAGGUUUCAAGUUCCUUUUCUCCAGCAGUUAUUUAUCUCAGGCAUACUUUGUGUCACUCUUGACAUGGAAGUAGAAAAUCCCAGUGAAUUUCUAAAUUUCAUUUAAAAUGAAAGAGCCAAAAAUGUUCCGAUUUCACCAAGGAACUCUUUACCUGGGAAUGUUCACAGAAAUGGGAUGAUUUUAAUACUUCAUUUUCUGAAUGA